AUGUCUGAUAUGUCGAGCAAAACCCGGAAUAUGCUGGAAGGUUUGGUUAAAGAUACUUCUUUUAAAUGGUUGCUCGGAAAGCAAAGUUCUUUUGACGAAGAGAUCGAGGAAAUGGGAAAAUCCCCAUCUGCUGGGACCAAUUGGAUACCUGAGCUUUCUCCUCUCGCCAAUGUGAUUGUCCGCAGGUGUUCAAAAAUACUUGGGGUUUCUUCAAACGAGCUGCGAGAUAGUUUCAAACAUGAGGCAUUUGAAUCUCUAAAGCAGCCCUCUCUAUUUGCAAGGAACUUUCUAGAGUACUGUUGUUUCAGGGCACUUUCACUGUCUGUGGGAGUAACAGGUCAUCUAGCCGAUAAAAAGUUUCGGCGCUUAACCUUUGAUAUGAUGGUUGUCUGGGAAGUCCCAGCUGUUGCUAGCCAGGCUUUACUUAGUGUAGAUGAAGAUGCAACGGUGAGUUUAGAAGCUUUCUCACGGAUCGCACCAGCAAUUCCGAUAAUAGCUGAUGUAAUCAUAUGUGAAAAUCUGUUCGAAAUGCUUACCUCAUCAACGAGUGGUCGGCUUCGGUUCUCUGUUUAUGACAUGUAUUUAUAUGGGCUUGAGAGAGCGAUAAAGAAGAUGAGGACUCAGUCCGAAUCAUCUCUGCUUUCUGGUGUCCGUUCAAAAAGAGAGAAGAUUUUGGAGAUAGACGGGACAGUUACUACCCAACCAGUUCUCGAACAUGUUGGAAUAUCAACAUGGCCAGGUCGCUUGAUCCUGACGGACCAUUCACUAUAUUUUGAGGCCUUAAAAGUCGUGUCUUACGACAAACCAAAGCGAUAUGACCUAUCUGAAGAUCUAAAGCAAAUUGUUAAACCUGAGUUAACUGGUCCUUGGGGCACUCGGCUUUUUGACAAGGCCGUUUCUUACAAGUCUAUAUCUCUAUCAGAACCAGUGGUAAUGGAAUUCCCAGAGCUUAAAGGUCACACACGCCGUGAUUACUGGCUCACUAUUAUACGAGAAGUGUUAUACGUUCACAGUUAUAUAAACAAAUACAAGAUCACCGGUUUGGCAAGAGACGAAGCAAUCUCAAAGGCUGUCCUUGGCAUUAUACGUGUGCAAGCUAUACAAGAACUAAGUUUGACAAACACAAUGCGUUACGAAAAUCUUCUCCCGUUCAAUCUCUGCGAUCAGCUUCCUGGUGGAGAUUUGAUUCUUGAGACGCUUGCAGAGAUGUCCACUUCAAGAGAGCGCAAUCGAUCAAAUAGAUCCAAAGAUACAGGGAAGUUACACUCCACGGCUUCGGAUAUGGUUUCGCAGCUGGGUUCUGUGUUUGGAGGAUCGAGUCCAAGGAGCAGAACGAUUGAGACGAGUACUCUUGUGGUAGGUGAAGUAGUGGUUGGAGAUGUGAAUCCAUUAGAGAGAGCAGUGAAGGAGUCGCGUAAGAACUACGAGAAGGUAGUGCUUGCGCAAGAAACGAUUAAUGGAGUCAAAAUGGAUGGUGUUGACACCAACUUAGCCGUAAUGAAGGAACUGAUGCUUCCAAUAAUGGAAACCGGGAACUUGAUUAUGUCUCUGAUAUAUUGGGAUGAUCCUAUGAAGUCUACUAUUUUCUGUCUCUUGUCCAGUUUCAUAAUUUGGAGGGGAUUGCUUGUUUAUGUCUUUGCUCUCGCGUCUCUCUUCUCUGCAAUCUUCAUGGUUCUAACAAGAUGUUUCAGCCGAGAAAAGUUCAUGAUCGAGCUGAAAGUAACCGCUCCUCCUCCAAUGAACACAAUGGAACAGCUUUUGGCUGUCCAGAACGGGAUCUCGGAGCUCGAACAGAACAUUCAAGACGCAAACAUCGUUCUCCUCAAGUUCCGAGCUUUACUAUUCUCCCUUUUCCCUCAGGCGAGUGAGAAGUUUGCGAUUGCGAUGGUGAUUGCAGCUAUGAUGAUGGCCUUUGUUCCGGGACGCUACUUGCUUCUGAUAUUGUUUGUGGAGCUUUUCACAAGAUACUCGCCACCACGGAAAGCGAGCACCGAGCGGUUGAUGAGGCGGUUGAAAGAGUGGUGGUUUAGUAUACCGGCGGCUCCUGUAAUCCUCCAACAUGACAAGAACGAUAAGAAGAAGAAAAAAUGA